AUGAAGUGCAAGAAACAUACCUCAGACCUUAGCAGCACCGUCGGCGUCUGCGCCUCCUGUCUAAGGGAACGCCUCAUAUCCCUCGCCGCCGCCCAGGCCCAAGCCCAAGCCCAUCACCCGCAGGCCCAAUUAACGCGAGUCAUCUCACGCGCCUCCGACGAUUAUUCCAGAAACUCAGACCCUAACCCUCCCCCACCGUUAAUCUUCCCUCGCUCUGUUUCGCCCUACGUCUCUCGCCGGAAGUCUGACUACCCCGCCGACUGGCACCACGACCGCCGCGAGAGGCUGUUCUACAGCACUCCGCAGCUCGGUCCCACCUUCUGCGCCGGCGAUUCCGAAUACCACGCCGACGCGAAGUCGUUCAAGAAACGCUUCAACAAGUUCCGCAUAUUCGCGAAGAUUUUCAGGACCAGAUCGGAGAAGUUCCAGUCGGAUCCGUCGUGCGAGCAGGCCUCGCACGCAUCGCCGUCGUGGUUCUCGGCGUUUUUUCCCACACGCCGGAGGAACAAGGAUCGGAGUGGAACGACGAAGGAAUAUUCCUCCGCCGCCGCGCGCCGGCGGUACCGCCCGUCGGAUCGCGGAAUGUCGCCGGUGACGACCGAGGAUUUCGGCGACGAGUGUGAUCAGUCACCGUCGGGGAGCGGAUACGUCUCGGAGGCGUCUCCGUGGUGGCGGAGAACGCCGGCGGUGGCGCCGUCGGCGCGGCGGUCGAGGCUAGGGCAAACGAAGAGCGCGUCGGGUUCGGGCAUGGCGCUUUGCCUGAGUCCCCUAGUUCGGGCGAGUCCAAACCGGAGGUGGAACCACAAGGGAUUGCCGCCGGAGAUGGCGGAGGUUAGGGCCGCAGCGGCGAAGCCUCAUCUCUCGGCCGCGGCGUCGUUUUGCGCGAACCGUUCCAGGAAGCUUGCGGAUUUUGGACGAGUCAACCAUAACCGUUGA